AAUAUAAUUCUCAUUCAAGUUCUAGAGAAAUAUGGCAAUGACUACUAAAACAGUGCAAAUUAAGAUCAAGUCCGACGGUGAUGUUUUUCACGAGUUAUGGAAGGCAAAUCCCCAUGAAGUUCCCACUAUAACCCCAACUACCAUCCAAAACUGUCAAAGCCAUGAAGGCGACGUUGGAACCGUGGGCUCUGUGCUUUUCUGGAACUAUUUUCAUGAUGGAAAAGACCGGGUUGCAAAAACGCUAAUCCAGGAAAUUGAUGAGGGCAAAAAGUCGGUCACCUUCAAGGUACUUGAAGGUGAUCUCCUGGAAUUAUAUAAGACGUUUGUUAUACAUGUUCAUGUAGACACACAUGGUUUAAACAACCUUGUCACAUGGACCGUGGAGUAUGAGAAGCUAAGUCCUGAUGUUUCUGAUCCAGAUACGCUUAUGGAAUUUUACAAAAAGGUCACCAAAGACAUUGAGACUCACCAUCUCAAGAUUUAAUCAAAGUCUCCGUAUCUAGAAUUAAAUAAACCAAAAUCUAGAUCGCACCAAUAUGGGUGGCAUUUAAUAAUUGAUUUUGGAUGUGUUAGAUGUUGCAUGCGCUAUCUUGUUUAUGUUAUAUAUGUUUAUUGGUUGUGUUAUAUAUAUAUGUAAAAAAAGGGUGUCGUUUUAAUUAAUACCAAUAAUUUUAUAUGUUAAAGUUUAA